GGUAAACGUAGUUCGAGGACUACGUAGUACGUACUACUAAGAGAGGCGGGGCUGGAAAGAAGCGGAGAGCGAAUCCAAAGGGAAGGAGCCCAGGAGGAUUCAAGAGGCUGCGAAAUUGCUGUCCUUUCUAGUUCUCGUCCUGUCCUUUUCUUCUUCUGUCCCGUCCCCUCUCCGCGAGUUAUCCCUAGGCUUUUUGCCUUGAGUUGAUGAUUUUUAAAGCGGGGCAUCCUGAAAUUAUCAUCCCAGGAACACAUUACCUGGAAGUAGCUAGCCUCAAAUUUGUUAUAGGAAUAUCUGGAAUCUUCAAAGUGUUCUCUGGUGACAUUUUGUGUGCCUUAUUAUUCCUGUUGGUGGACAGAAAAAUGAAUCUUCUUUGAGCUUGUCCUGAUAUUAUCUGAAUUCAGAGGAAUGUGGGCUACGAAAGGCAUUUAUAAAUCCUCAAGACAGUGGAUUCACUUGAAGCAGGCUGGACUUAACAGUUCUCUGUUUCUUAAAAUCCAAUGGUUUGGGAGUGUUGCUGAUAGCUGCUACAUUUUACAAGCGAUACGUGUUUUAUCAACAUACAAUGUUUCUCGAGUUCAGAACGCAUGGCUGAUAAUGGACAUGAAAACGGCUGUCAAUACAGAGGGAAGCAAUACUGUUUGUGCCAAAGAAUCCAAGGCACCAUAUGGUAGAAGGCAGCAUGAGAUGGAAGCCAAAAUGAAACAUCUCAACUUGUCAUUUGCAGCCUGUGGGUUUCUGGGGAUAUACCACUUGGGGGCAGCAUCUGCUCUUUGCAGACAUGGUAAGAAGUUAUUGAAGGUUGUGAAGGCCUUUGCAGGAGCUUCUUCAGGAUCUUUGAUUGCCACUGUUCUUUUAACGGUGCCAGAAAAUCUAGAGGAAUGUACAAAAAUUGCUUAUACAUUUGCAGAAGAAACAAGAAAACUACAUUUUGGAGCACUGACACCAGGCUAUGAUCUCAUGACAAAACUUAGGAGUAGCAUUGAUUCCAUUCUCCCUCCUAAUGCUCAUGAGAUAGCAGAAAAUCGCCUCUUUGUAUCAGUCACUAGUGCUAAAAAUGGAAAAAAUCAUUUGCUUUCAAAUUUUGCCUCCAGGGAGGAUCUUGUUAAGGCUCUGCUGGCCAGCAGUUUUAUUCCUUUGUAUGCAGGAAUCAAUGCAAUGGAUUAUAAAGGAGAGAAAUGGAUUGAUGGAGGUUUAACCAAUGGCCUCCCAAUCCUGCCAGUGGGUCGAACUGUGACUGUUUCUCCUUUUUGUGGUCGACUAGACAUAUGCCCACAUGAUAAAGGACGCAUAGAUGCCUAUGUUAAAGUCGCCAAACAAGACUUAAUGUUGUCCGUAACCAACUUUGUAAGACUUCAUCAGGCUCUAUUUCCACCAUGUCAAAAGAAAAUGGAAUCACUAUACCAAGAUGGAUAUGAUGAUGCCGUACAUUUUUUACUGAAGGAAAACUGGUUUGAAUAGAAUAUGUGUGUUGAAAAUUAACAGAGUCUGAUGUCUGUCAGAGCAAAGCUACAAAGACUCCGCAGAGCUCACGGGAUUGCUGUCAGAAUUUCUUUUUAUCUAAAAUAAAUGCCAAAGGAAUUGCAUCUGUCACUGUCAAACAAGUGUUUGUAUAUAGGUGUGUUAGAUUGAACAUAUAAAUGGGUUCAAAUGAAAUUGAAUUGACUUAUGUAGAAAGAGAAUCUGCUUUUUAGAGAUUAAAGGAAUAAAAAUCAAAGUGUUUUCUCUUGUGUGGUGCUGUAGAAUGGCUAGCACAGUAUGGAGUAUUAAUUCUAGAAAUGCUGAAAUAUUAUUGCUGGCAUUCCUUAGAUAUGAGAUAUUUGUCUAUAUUGGCUAAUAUCCAGACUAGCACUGUUUUGGUGAGACAUUGACUGACAUCCAGACUAAUGUUGCACUGUUGUACAAGGGGCAAUUUUAGAUUAUCUCGCUUUCCCUCUGAAUCGAAAUCAUCGCUUUUUGGACAUCUCAAAAAUAUGUCCCUGAGGGUUGCUCAGUUCUCAGGGACAUAUUUUCAGGAGGCUAAGGGGAGAUCAUAGAAAUAGCUUCUUCUCCCAUUGCUCAUAGGUGUAUAUUCCAGAUAUCAGCCACUGUUACACCAGUACAGUGAAUGUGAGCCAUAGUGAAAAUAUACACUGUAUGUGUAGAGUUUCAUACUCAUGUUCUUGUUUUAGAUCUUUUCCCCCUACUGUAGUCUCAAGCAUGAACUCCAAUUACAAAGACACUGUGGGAGACCAAAGAAAUUAUCUGCGUAUAUUUUUAUGCAUUUGUGUUUUGUAGUUAGUACAUCUUGUUCUCCAAUAAAUUAUAUAACCUUA